AUGAGUCCAUCUCUAUUCAACAUCUAUAUUAAUGAAUUGGCCACCGUCCUAGAGAAAUCAACAGCACCUGGUCUUACUCUAUGCAACUCAGAGAUCAAAUUCCUGCUCCACGCAGAUGACCUGGUUCUGCUGUCUCCCACAAAACAGGGGUUACAGCAGAACCUGGACAUGCUAGAGGAGUACUGCCAGACCUGGGCCCCGGCAUUGACAGAUUCGACAGUGUCAGCACCCACCUCGGCACUGCCACAGCCUGAUGGAAGUAGGACUCUCUGUUCCAUAUGUGCCGACAGGGCUACAGGUAAACAUUAUGGUGCAUCCAGCUGUGAUGGCUGCAAGGGCUUCUUCAGAAGGAGCAUUCGCAGCAACCACACUUACAACUGUAGGUUCAACAGGCAAUGCAUUGUGGACAAAGAUAAAAGGAACCAGUGUCGUUACUGCAGACUACGAAAGUGUUUCAAGGCUGGAAUGAGAAAAGAAGCUGUUCAGAAUGAGAGAGACUGCAUCAGCAGCCACAGAGCCAAGGGACAGACAGUGGGCACUCUGUCCAUCAAUGUGCUGCUGCAAGCAGAGGCCAGUGUGCACCAGUUUCCAGUGGUGGUCUUACCAAGGAGUCUCGACAUCAGCACCAAGAAGACGGCCUGUGUUGAAGAUGUGUUUGAGUCCAUGAAGCAGCAACUCCUCCUGCUGGUAGAAUGGGCAAAACACAUCCCUGAGUUUUGUAGUCUCCCAAUAGAUGACAGGGUGGCCCUGUUAAGAACCCACUCUGCAGAACAUCUUAUUCUAGGGGCGGCGAGACGCUCCCUACCUUACAACAAUCUCAUCCUUUUAGGUAACAACUUUGUGAUCCCGCUGAGAGGUGCAGAGGUAGAGGUGUCCAGAGUGGCUUUCCGAAUCCAAGAGGAGCUGGUUAAACCUCUUAGAGACCUGGACAUCACAGACAAAGAGUUUGCUUGCCUCAGAGCCAUUGUUUUCUUUGCCCCAGACUGUCCAGGACUGGCGAGUUCUCAGGUGGUUCGGCAUCUGCGUUUUCAGGCCCAUCUGUUGCUAGAAGAAGCAACCUGUGAGCAGCGGGGAAGGUUUGGGGAGCUGCUGCUGAUCCUGCCUCCCCUGCAGAGUGUGGCUUGGCAGAUGGUGGAGACUCUGCACUUAGCACAGCUGUUGGGGGAAGCCAAAAUGGACAGCCUGCUGCUGGAGAUGUUGCUGGGGGAGGAAGCCAAAGAAGGCCGGGGACUAACUCAAGACCAGCAAAAUGAGCAUAGAGCUUCACCAACCAACUUCACCUCAGUCACCUCUCAUGUUUCCACAGCUCUUCCAAGUGGCUUCCCUGCCGCCCACACAGACUGGCACUGAGCUGUACAGACAUGAUGAUGCUGCCAAUGGGCCCACGGCAUACCAGUGGCACCUGUCCACACCAAGAAAUACCACCCUUAGGAAGUAACAACAUAACCAAAGAGUGGACGGAUGUUAUGCAUUUGAGACAGCACUCAAACUAAUAUAUACACACUCAGCCACACACAUACUGCGCAGACAUGCAAUUAUGCAUGCACACACACAAGUACAGUUCCAUUUUGCAAUUAAAAAAACUUU